GGUGCUUAGAUAAACGUGAAGGGCAUUAUUAGUCUAACAACCAGUGAAUCACUGUUAGCAUUUUUCAAAAUGGCAUCCAGGAAGUGUGUUUUCUUGAUCUUCUCCUUGUUUUCUAUCUGCUUGACUCUUGCUAAUUCCAUAAAGUUCAAUUACCCUGCUGUUUUCAACUUUGGUGAUUCAAAUUCUGAUACCGGGGACAUUUUCUCUGCCGGUAUCGAAGCCCUUUACCCACCAUAUGGAGAGAAAUACUUCCAUAGAAGAACUGGGAGAUAUUGUGAUGGCCGUCUCAUUGUUGAUUUUCUUAUGGAGGCAAUGGGUCUUCCCUUCCUAAAUCCAUAUCUGGAUUCAGUUGGAAUGCCAAAUUUCCAAAAAGGGUGCAAUUUUGCUGCUGCAGGAUCUACUAUCAUGCCUGUAACUCCUACGGCAUUCUGCCCAUUUUCAUUUGGAAUUCAGGUGGAUCAGUUCCUCCGAUUUAAAAGCCGGGUUCUUGAAUUGCUACCUCAAAAUGCCAGGGUUGAUGAGUAUAUACCAGCAGAAAACUUUUUCAAGGAGGGGCUAUACAUGUUUGAUAUAGGCCAGAAUGAUCUUGCCGGUGCAUUUUAUCCUAAAACAUUGGAGGAGGUUUUAGCCUGGAUUCCCACUGUUAUAGAAGAAUUCGAAUCUGGAAUAAAGAAACUAUAUGAUAGUGGGGCAAGGAAUUUUUGGAUACAUAACACAGGUCCUGCUGGAUGCUUGCCUCAGAAUAUUGCACAAUUUCAAACUGGCAUGUUUGGAAAAGACAAAACAAACGUUAACAAAUUUGGAUGUCUUAGAGAACACAACAUGGCAGCUAGAGUUUUCAAUUUGGAGCUUCAUGCACUUUGUGAAAAAUUGAAGACUCAAUACCCAGAUGUCAAUGUUAGAUAUGUUGAUAUUUAUUCCAUAAAAUACGACUUGAUUGCAAAUCACACUAAAUAUGGGUUUGAAAGCCCUAUCAGGGCUUGCUGUGGAUAUGGAGGUGGAAAAUUGAACUAUAAUAUCAAUGUAGCAUGCGGUCAUACGGUGGCCUUGAAUGGAACUAAAGCCACAGCUAAAGGAUGCAGUAACAGUGCAGCAUAUGUGAGUUGGGAUGGAAUUCAUUACACACAGGCAGCAAAUAACUUUGUUGUUCAACGUUUACUGACUGGAAAUUAUACUGAUCCACCUUUGUAAAAAAGAUAGACAAAUGUCUUUUUCCUUAUGAAUCCUUAGGCUUUAGAAGAGCAAAUUUGGGCUAUUGACUUGUUUUAAUAAUUAUUUCAUUCUUUCAUUUUUUUUUCAUUUUUUUUUUUUUUUUUUGGUUAGUAUGUAGUAGUUUCUCCUUUAAUAUUUAUGCUUUGGCUAUACUAAAGCAAGCAAAUAUCUUAUGAGUAGAUAUGAUAUUAAUAACAAUUUAUCUUA